GCCUCGAGUCCAGUGCUGUACACUGACUUCAUUCCGUCAACAUCAGGGAGCCUCGAGUCCAGUGCUGUACACUGACUUCAUUCCGUCAACAUGUGUGACAAGCGUAAGCCAGUGCAGAGAUGGGCAGGAAAGAGACUGGAUGAGCAGAUUAUAUUAAUAACUGGUGCUAACACUGGAAUUGGCAAAGAGACUGCAAAAGACCUGGCUAGAAGAGGAGCUGUGAUUAUCAUGGCAUGCAGAGACACCGAGAAAGGUGAGGCUGCAGCUAAAGAAAUAACGGAGGAGACGGGAAAUGGUUAUAUAGUGGUGAAGAAGUUGGAUUUAGCUGACACCAAAUCUAUUCGGGAGUUCGCUAAACAAAUUAAUGAAGAAUACCAGCACCUUAACAUUCUGAUCAAUAAUGCUGGAGUAAUGAUGUGCCCUUAUUCUAAAACCGUGGAUGGGUUUGAACUACAGUUUGGGAUCAAUCAUUUAGGUCAUUUUUUAUUAACGUUUUUACUGAUUGAUUUAGUAAAACAGUCCACUCCUUCUCGUAUCAUCAAUGUCUCCUCAACUGCACAUACAAUGGGAAGCAUUAAUUUUGAUGACUUAAACAGCGAGAAGAGCUACAAUUCAGUGAAGGCUUAUGCACAGAGCAAACUAGCCAAUAUUAUGUUUACAAGGGAACUGGCACGAAAACUUGAAGGGACAGGUGUUUCGGUAUUUACUUUGCAUCCUGGAGUGGUGCGGACUGAACUAGCCCGACACUUGAAUCCUGUGGUUCGGUGUGGCCUGGCAAUGCUACGACCUUUCACCAAGUCUCCAUCGCACGGUGCAGAGACGACCAUUUUUUGUGCUGUGGCCGAAGGACUGGAAGAGGAAACUGGGCAGUACUUCAAGGAUUGUAAGCGUGCAACCUGUUCGCAAUCUGCCUAUGAUGAUGAAAAAGCCAAGAAACUGUGGGAAGUAAGCUGCCGGAUGCUGGAAAUUGAUUGGCACUGAGAAUAUAGCUAAUCCUCAAUCAGCAGCAUAUCAUAUAAAUGAUGUUUGGAUUCAAUUUCCUGGGUUUUUCCUGUCAACAGGAUUCAGUUGAAUCUGAAUAAUUAAUUACAUUAUCAGUUUUCCCACUGAAAUGAUUCAGCAUCCUUCCUUUCUCUCAAGAUGUACAUUUAUAUUAUAAUUGAAUUUACAUUUCCAAUACUUUUUUUUUUGGAUUACAUUUAUUAGCUCUUAAUGGUUGUGGCUCAGACUUUUGAGUGUCCUACAAUUGUACUUAAUAUAUUGAAAUAAAAUAGCAUUAUAUCUUAAAUAUUGUAUA